AUGGAGCUUCCCAGUGCUGAUAUGCUUGAAUUGAAGGAUAAGAUGAACGAGCUGAUCAAUAUAAUGCAAGGCUUUGCAAUUGGUCAGAAGGCUCUUGCAGACAAGGUUGAGAAACUCGAGCGGGUUUCUGCAGCAAACAGUGGGGUCAACUUGGAUGGAGUCUCCAACCAGGGGCAAGGAUCUCGCGAUGGGGGGAAGAGGACAACAGUUGGUCUGGUGAAUAAUGCUGGUGCUGCUGGUCAACCUGGGCCUAGUCAAAAUAUGAAGGAUAAUUUUGUGCCUCCGUUCUAUGGUUUUGAUGACGAUCAGGAGGAAGAUAGGGAGGCUGACCAGUUCUCUAUGCGAAAUGAGCCUUUUGUGCCUUACGACAUUCCUCCCCAGAAUAAGGAAAUUCAGCUGCUGGCUGAGAAAAUCAAAGUACUUGAGAGCUAUGCCACGCCGGGGGUGGUUAACAUGUCCAACAUGGGGCUGGUGGAGGGAAUUAAACACAACAACACAAUUUGUCAUUUCUCUCCUCUAGUCAGUGAUGAGACAGUGUUGGAAGAAGGGCAUAUAUUGAAAAUUGAUUUGGCAUGUCAUAUUGAUGGGUUUAUUGCUGUCGUGGCUCACACACAUGUUCUUCAAGAGGGGUCUGUUACAGGACGUGCAACGGAUGUCAUUGCUGCAGCAAACACGGCUGCUGAAGUGGCAUUGAGGCUUGUUAGGCCUGGAAGGAAGAACCAAGAUGUAACUGAUGCGAUUCAAAAGGUUGCUGCUGCCUAUGAUUGUAGGAUUGUUGAAGGUGUUCUUGGCCACCAAAUGAAGCAGUUUGUGAUUGAUGCAAAUAAGGUUGUGCUAAAUGUAUCUAAUCCUGAUACAAGGGUUGAUGAUGCCGAGUUUGAAGAGAAUGAAGUUUAUGCAAUCGAUAUUGUAGCCAGCACCGGAGAAGGCAAGCCUAAGCUGUUAGAUGAGAAACAAACAACCAUUUAUAAGCGGGCUGUUGACAAGAGUUAUCACUUGAAGAUGAAAGCAUCUCGAUUUAUUCUCAGUGAAAUAAGCCAAAAAUUUCCAAUCAUGCCAUUUUCUGCUAGGGCCUUGGAAGAGAAAAGAGCUCGGCUAGGUUUAGUGGAAUGUAUGAAUCACGAGCUCUUGCAGCCAUAUCCUGUUUUGCAUGAAAAGCAAGGUGAUUUUGUUGCACACACCAAAUUCACGGCCUUAUGCUAUCAAAGCUCAGACUUUGAUACUUUGUAG